AUGAAACGCAAAACAAACGCUUCGCACAAGUCCAACGGAGCCCACGAGGCCAAGAAACGAGCGCUCACUGACGAUACUGUCGUCUCGCGCUUUCGCGACGGCCUGUUUGAGCCCACCGAGCUGGACAACUACACAAAAUCUUAUGCUACCUCGGCGCCCUACAAACACGGCAUCAUCUCGCCAUUAAUCGCCCCCGACCUUCUCCGCUCCGUGCGUAGCGAAAUCGAAGGGAAUCUCUCCUUCACCGAGAAGGAGACCGACAUCUACAAGAUCUUCCAGUCGGGCGACCUCGCAAAUUUGGACGGACUAGACGAUGCGUCUCUUUCGCGGUUACCUUCACUUUUGCAGCUGCGUGACGCCCUGUAUUCAGCCAAGUUCCGCGCAUAUCUAUCUUCGCUUACCGGCUCCGGAGAGCUGAGCGGCAAGAAGACUGACAUGGCCAUCAACGUCUACACUGAGGGCUGCCACUUGCUGUGUCACGACGACGUUAUUGGCAGUCGACGCCUCAGCUAUAUUCUCUACCUGACCGAUCCAGACACUCAAUGGCGACCAGAGUGGGGUGGAGCGCUACGCCUGUUCCCGACCAAGACGGUCAAGGACGACCAGGGCGAGGAUGUCAAGAUUCCGGGUCCGGACCACACGUUAUCAAUCCCCCCGGCCUUCAACCAGCUCAGUUUCUUCACGGUCCAGCCAGGAGAGAGCUUUCACGAUGUCGAAGAGGUAUAUCAUCCGUCCGAGCAGGACAAGGGCAAACAAAAACGCGUUCGCAUGGCAAUUAGUGGCUGGUACCAUAUCCCACAAGAGGGCGAGGACGGCUACGAACCGGGGCUCGAGGCCAAGCUCGCAGAACGCAGCAGUUUGUCGCAACUGCAGGGUAGAGGCGACGCGUAUGACCUGCCACAAGCGCAGACUGUCAGUUGGGAAGCUUCCGACAAGGGCAAGGGGAAAGGCAAGGGCAAAGCGGUGGCUGAAUCAGAAGACGAGGAGCUGACCGAGGCUGAUUUGGAGUUUUUAUUAAAAUUCAUCGCCCCGUCGUAUUUAACGCCCGAUAUUGCCGAGGAGCUGUCCGAGACGUUUGUGAACGACUCUUCUCUAAGCCUGGAAAGGGUCUUGUCGGACAAAUUCGCCGUUCGCGUGCGCGAGUAUAUCGAGCAGCAGGAGAAGGACAAGCUCCCUACAUCGUCAGACGAUAUUGAAAAGACCAGUGCCUGGAAAGUCGCUCGUCCGCCGCACAAACACCGAUAUCUAUUCCAGCAAGCGGAAGCAGACACCAGCUCGCCUAUCCAAGAACUGCUCAAUGAGCUACUACCAUCUCAGCCUUUCCGCAAGUGGCUGGCGCUCGUCACUGGCGCUGAUCUCCUCACGAGCUACAAUCUGCUGGCUCGCCGGUUCCGUCGCGGCGAGGAUUAUACGCUGGCUAAUAGCUACGAGGGGGGAGAGCCGCGGCUAGAGUUUACUCUUGGUCUGACGCCAACACCUGGUUGGGAGAAGGAGGGCGAUGAGGAGGAGGAAGACGAGGAAGACGAGGAAGGGGAAGCUAAAAAGGAAAAGAAGAGCGAAAACAAAGAGCCACCGAAAGAAAACACUACAGAAGAACCUACCGUCGGCGGAUAUGAGGUCUACAUGGCCGGCGACGACGACGAGCAAGACGAAGACGCCGCCAUCUACAAAGCCGCGCAGGGCGACGACGAUGGGAUUCUCUUCAGCAUGGCAGCCGGCUGGAACCGCAUGAGCAUUGUGCUUCGCGACAGCGGCACGCUCAAGUUUGUCAAGUACGUGAGCGCUGCGGCGAAGGGGGAUCGAUGGGAUAUCACGGGGGAGAUUGGAGUCGAGUAUGCGGAUGAGUAG